AUGGCCACGCUCCGCAUUUUCUUCAGCUUCUUGAUCUGCGCUCUCGCGAUCCUGUCCAUCUUCCCUACUUCCAUCCAUCUGGUCACACAAACUAUCGAAAUUAUGUGCAAAGCCCCUCUCGUCAACCACUUCAUCUCCUGCGCACCCAGCCAGCAAUUUCAAGUCUUUCCGAACCCGAUCUUCGCCAACAUCAUCGCCCAAAACGUCGAGCUUGCCUCAAUGCGGGAGGCGGCUUCGGACAUCGCUGCAUUUCCAUAUCAGCUCGCCAUUGGACAUUCGGACUUCAAAGACAUGAUCUUCGAGAUUAGCGCCGAGGACCUGCCAUUCAAGCAGCUCCUGUGGCCUCUUCUCAAGUCGUUCAACAAGCUGACGGACGGAGCUACGGACAGUGUCCAGCGCAGUGUGUCACUCACCAACGCCCUGAUCGACAACACCAUUAUUGUACACAGCUGGGCUCGAGACAAACUCCAACUGGACGAGGCCCGCGAAAAGUCCUUCCCGUCGCCAUUGCCACCGAUCGCACGCGCGAUCGGGCUUGAUUAUGCGUCCGAAGACGCACUCCUCCAAGUCUUUACCCUCACGACUUCGCAGCUGGUCCGGCAAACAAACCAUGUCCUCGUACAGCACGAAGCUACCAAGGAGAGCCUCGUCGAACUGAGGGAUCUGCUCGAUCGCAUUGCAUUCGCUCUCAAGCCGGAAGAGCACUCUCUUAAGAGGGAGAAGUUGGACGACGCCUCGUACUGGAAAGCCCUUCUGUCGCACCGGAGCAACUUGCCGAAUUUCGACAAGAAAAUGGAGACGUGCGCGAGAUUCUACGACUACACCCUCCGUGCCGGAAAAGCAGUCGCCGAGACGUCUGUCGCCUUGCACGAUGUUCGCAGCAAAGUCAAAGGCGUGCAGGAAGAGGUCGAGCGGUCGCCAAUGUCACUAGCAUCCUCGGGCACCUCGCUGCGGCAGACUAUUUUCUCUCUGGGAGUAAGCAUCGCGAACCUCGAAGAAUUCCAAAGAAUCUCCAGAGCCGAGCAAGAAAAGCGGAUGCAGACGUUCGAUUCUACGCUGGACGGUUUUGCUGCCAUUGCCUAG